GUUUGGGAAGAAUGCAAUCGUGAUCAUCAUCAGGAAAGGUGCAAGAUGGUGUUGAAAGUGUUGACGGGUCUUCGACAGGCGGGACAAAUCACGCUGUCAAGGUCAUCAAAUGUACAACAACAAGCAUUUAGACAACAACAGAGAAGCAUAACCGGCUUGAUCGGAACAAGUUCACCUUCUAGAACAACAACUUCGGUCUCAAGAAGCCCAAAUGCAUUCCGAACCGGCUUACUAAACCAAUCGACGUUGAAUGCAACUGGACUCGGCUCAGCCAGACAUCUAUCUCUAUGGCCAUUCUCUAAAGAAACACAACCCUCACCAUCUAAUGAAGUAUUGCCAAAUGCUAGUGACGCAAAGACUGAAAAUCUAAGUCCACAAGAGGCUACCUUCACUUCAGCUACUUCUCCUUCCGAUCCUCUUGCAGCUGCCGAUUUGGCAAAUGAAGCUGGUCAUAUAAAUGAAUCCGUUGCACAUGCUACUGAACAAGUACAAACGCUAGCCGAUUUAGGUCAAUUAUCCAGUUGGCCAAAUGUUCAAGCAGCUCAAAGAGUUUUGGAUUGGCUCGUCGAAGCAACAGGGAUGCCAUGGUGGUUAACGAUUGCAGCUGUAACACUUUCAGUGCGUAUUUUGGUUCUUCCUCUCGUGCUUAAAGGUCAAAAGAAUGCUAUCCUGUUGGCCAAUAUUCAACCACAAAUGAACACUUACAUGAAGGAUAUUCAAUACGCUAAACAAACUGGUGACAAUCAAUUAAUGGCAAAAUCUGCAACAUCCAUUCAACAAUUGAUGAAAGAUAACGACUGUCAUCCACUUAAAAGUUUGAUCGUUCCUGCUGUUCAAGCACCAUUAUUUAUGACUUUCUUUUUCGCUUUACGUGGAUUAGCCGAUGCUGGAUUGCCCGCGAUGAAGACUGGGGGACUUUCUUGGUUCACAGAUUUGACUGUUGCUGAUCCAACAUGCGUUCUGCCAAUCUUAUCUUCUUUGUCCAUGUUGCUCGUCUUGGAGACUGGUGCGGAAAUGGGAACUUCAGGAGGUAAUACGACACCGCAAGCAAAGACGAUGAGAAACGUCUUCCGUGUUGUUACCGUUCUUGCAAUUCCAUUCAUCUGGAAUUUCCCUACAGCUGUGUUCUGUUAUUGGCUCACAAACGGUUGUUUGUCCUUGUUGCAAUUGUUGACUUUGAAUUUGAGCGGGGUACGCAAAGCAUUAAAGUUGCCCGAACGUGUUGUACACGAACCGGAAAAGUUUGAAGGAAAGGGCAAGGAAUUGGGUUUCUGGGAUAGUAUUUCUGCUGGUACAUCAAGUCAACAAAAACAUACCGUUCAAGUGAUUCGAAAGAAUAGGAAUGCCAUUCCAUCUGUUGUACAAGAACAACGUGGAAUGGAUGAAAGCCGUGAACGUGCAUUGAAAAAGAUUGCCGCACGAUCAAAUUCAAAUGAUCAAGAGAAAAGAAAAUAGUUUAUUAAACACACACCACUCAUAAUCAUGUACUUUUUAUCAUCCCCUUUCUGCAUUGACGAUCUCACUAUGUACUACAUCCGGAUCCUUUCAAUUUAUUGAAUGAAGUUUAGAUAGUUUGGUAGCAGAUC